UGUUAGCGGUUUCAGGAGAUCGACACUGAAGGAAGAACAAACGACUUUUAAUGUCAACAUAAUUGGCCAUCCAUUGUUUUAGUAGGCUUUCUUCAUCCCCGUAGACAUUAUGGAAACAGACUUAAUGCACAAGAGGGCUGACAACUUGAAUAGAUUAGGCUGUCUUGCUUACUGUGCGUUAACGUUGUUAUGCACAUAUACACAUAAGAACUGCUUGUGUUUUUGACGGAUGAGUUAGUUGCAUUAGUUUUUGUAACGGUUUCAGCUAGGCGUGAGCGAGAGAAAGAAAAAUAGAGAAAGCGAAACGUUCAGAACAGAGUGGAGAUAGGUUCGUGUCAAGAUCAGAAAAAGAACGAGAGAUCUCGAAUUAAAUGAAGAGAGCGAAGUGCCUCUCCAGAUCAAUAGGGCCUGGAAUGCUGCUGCGCCUGGGGGACCUCCAGGGCCUGAGCAAGGAGCUGCGCCGGCAGACCAAAUAAGGGCAGGAGCAGCCGGAGAGCCAGAGUGUGGAAGGGGAGGAGGGGGAAGCUCCAAGGCAACCCAGGGACAAGGAGAGACAAGUGGGCCGCCUGCUCACAGACACUGGCCUUCCCCUGGAUGUUCAUAGGCAUACAGGUGGAGCAAGAGGUCGAGACACUGCUGGAGAAGAACGUCGCUACAUGAGUUGGAUGAGUGUAUAGAGUAUCAUGUUCAGAAACAGCGAAAGGGCUACUAUGUCCGAGAAGGAGGUGGAAAGAGAGGGGGAGAGAGAAAGUGUGAGAGAGAGAGAGAGAGAGCGGGAGUCCAAACAGAAGUAAAGGAAAACAUGAGAAAGAGUCGCCAGCCAAAAGAGAAAAAGAACAGAGAGCGAGAGGGAGAGCUGCCUCUGGUCCUGAGUCGGGCCAAUGACUUCACUCAGGGGGUGGGGUUUCCCCCCCACCCCUCUGCUAGUAUAAAAGGGUACAUGACUAAGUUGUCCCACUGCUCUGUUUAUGAGAACCCUGCUGUGUUUGGGACACACACACACACACCAGUGUACUUCCAGCUACAGGGACAAGGGACAGAGAGGGGGACAUGCCACUGGAUGUUGUCCUGAACGGCCCGGCCCCGUGGGGUUUCCGACUGACCGGGGGCAAGGACUUCAACCAGCCCCUCACCAUCUCCAGGAUCACUCCGGGCAGUAAGGCGGCGGUGGCCAACCUGUGUCCUGGUGAUGUCAUCCUGGCCAUCGAGGGCGUCCCGGCGGAGGACAUGAUGCACUGUGAGGCCCAGAACAAGAUCAAAGACGCCAUCUACCAGCUCGUCCUCACCGUCCAGAGACCAGAAACCAGGCUUUGGUCGCCUCAAGUCACGGAAGAUGGGAAAGCCAACCCGUUCAAAAUCAACUUGGAGGCUGAGCAGCAGGAGUUCAAACCCAUUGGUACGGGUCACAACCGCAAGGCCCAGCCCUUUAUAGCUGCAGCCAACAUCGACGACCAUCGUCAGGUGGUGAGCACAGCCUACAACACCCCCAUAGGCCUCUACUCCUCAGGCAACAUCCAGGACGCCAUGCACGGACAGAUGAGGGGCCUGGUCCAGGACAAGCCAGAGGGUAGCAAGACGCUGAGCUCCAUCGAGGAGUCUGAUGUGUACCGCAUGCUCCUGAAAGACCAGGAGGAGCCCCAGGAGCCCCGGCAAUCCGGUUCCUUCAAGGCCCUGCAGGACUUCGUCGACAGCGACGGCACUCGCCCCAUGGUGACGAGGACAGUGAGAGCGCCCAUGACUAAGCCACCGCCGCCCACAGGAAACCUGCAGAAACUGCCCAUGUGUGACAAGUGUGGAAACGGCAUUGUGGGCACAGUGGUGAAAGCGAGGGACAAGUUCCGUCACCCUGGCUGCUUCGUGUGCACCGACUGUGACGUCAACCUUAAACAGAAGGGCUACUUCUUCGUGGAGGGCCAACUGUACUGCGAGACCCACGCUCGUGCCCGGACGAGACCCCCGGAGGGCCAUGACCUUGUCACCACUUUCCCCUCAGCAUAGGACCUCACACAAACACACACGCACGCACCAGCCUAAAAACUCUCUGCCAGUGAGGCACCUUUGAUUGUAACUGUUUGUGUCUGUGUUCUCCUGUGUUCUCAAUUGUCUGUAUGCUCUGUUUUGCACAAAUCCUGAGAGUGCAUUUGUUUGUGAAUACACUUACAUGUAUACUACUCUCUUCCUUCAAAUAAAGGGGGUUUUGACUCCA